AUAAACAGACACACAGUUUAAGUCGGUUACGCCGUAUGUUGGCGCUUUCAGUCAGUUAUCUUUCAACGCUCGUGUGUUUCGGUUCUACAGUCGGGUGAAAUUCAUAUCAUUCAUCAGUAUCGCGAUACUAUUGCUGCCCAGAGAACAUUUUGUGUCGUGAAAUCUGUGCAAGGGUAUAUGUCGGAUAGAUAGCAGCAGUUUUAAAUAUUACUAUUGCAAGCAAAAUGUUACGACUUUUUGCGUGGAAGCACUUCCCAGGCAGUACACUAAGGUCAUUCCACACAUCCAGAGCAAUCUUCUCUUCAAAUGCAGCCCAACCAUUGGCAUCGUUGGCGCAAGAGCAGAGACAAAGCUACAUCCAUCACAUCGGCAAGCAUCCUUUGGUGUACCGCAACGUCGGUCAGCACCUACGACUGGCGGCUGAAAAAUAUCCCAACAACGAAGCCAUCGUGUCCUGCCAUGAAAACAUACGGCUAACCUACUCGGAAGUGCUGGAAAAGGUAGACCGGCUAGCGGCGUCCUUCUAUCAGUUGGGAUUGCAGAAAGGUGAUCGAAUAGGAAUUUGGGCGCCCAAUGGAACGCAAUUCUACCUCUCCGCAUUGGCGGCGGCGCGUGCCGGGCUAAUCUCGGUCGGAAUCAACCCCGCCUUUCAAACGCCGGAAGCGGAAUACUCCCUCAACAAAGUCGGCAUCAAAGCAUUGAUAGCCGCGGAGAAACAUCGCACUCAAAACUACUACGAGAUGCUGACAAGGAUCAUUCCAGAACUACAAACCGACAGAACAGGCCAAUUAAGAAGCAAAAAGGUGCCUUCUUUGCAAACAGUGAUCUUCGACAAUGACAGCGGACCCAGUCUACCGGGAACAAUUUCCUUCAAAGAUCUAUAUAACCUCGCAACCGAACAGGACCUCUCGUUGAUAGAGUCCAUCCAGACUAAAAUAUCCCCAGACAGUGGAACCAACCUGCAGUUCACCUCCGGUACCACUGGGAAACCGAAAGCGGCGCUCAUGUCACACUACGGUUUCGUAAACAACGGCAUCCACAUUGCCAAGCGGAACGAGUUUGACCUUAAGCAGCACCGCAUCUGUCUGCAGGUACCCUUGUUCCAUGCAUACGCAAUGGUCAUUGGUGUGAUGGCGGCAAUUACCUACGGUACCACGCUGGUGCUUCCAGGAGCCGGCUAUAGGCCAUUCGAAUCGCUGGAAGCGAUAAUCAAAGAGAAAUGCACAGUGAUCUACGGCACCCCCACGAUGUACGUUGACUUGGUGAACCAAAUCCGACAAAGCAAAAUUCAGUUGCCAUCGGUGGAUCUGGCCGUUACGGGAGGAGCCACAUGUUCACCGAAGCUCUUCAUGGACAUCCAGGAAGCUCUGGGAGUACGUCAAGUGAAGACCGUCUUCGGGAUGACCGAAGCCUCGGCAGUGUUGUUCCAAUCGUUGCACGACGAUAGCAAAGAGAACGUGUUGGGAACGGUUGGACACCUUACCGAUCAUUACGAAGCAAAGGUGGUCGAUGGGGAUGGAAAUGUAGUCCCUUUUGGGGCACCAGGAGAACUGUGGGUUAGAGGUUACGGAACAAUGUUGGGCUAUUGGGAGGACGAAAUUCGCACGAAAGAGACAAUCGACGUGGACAAGUGGUUGAAGACCGGUGAUCAGUUUGUGCUGAGGGAAGAUGGUUACGGGCAGAUUGUUGGCCGCCUCAAGGAAGUUAUCAUCCGGGGUGGAGAGAAUAUAUUUCCAAAGGAGAUUGAAGAUUUUCUGAAUACACAUCCUGCAAUUCUCGAAACGCACUGUGUAGCUGUUCUCGAUGAGAGGAUGGGAGAGGAGGUGUGCGCUUUCGUGCGGCUUAAAGAUCCUGCCCACACCGUAGACAUGCAAGGGAUAGGUGAGUUCUGUCGCGGAAAAAUAGCUCACUUUAAGAUACCGAAAUAUUUGAGAGUAUUGGAAGAGUUUCCAAAGACUACCUCGGGAAAGGUUCAAAAAUUUAGGCUUCAGGAAAUGUUUAAAAAUGAAUCCAAAGAAAAAUUAUUUUAUUUUUAAAAAAUAUUAUAAAACCGUAAUUUUUAUUGUAUAACUUAUAUCUGAUAUCCCGCGUGCAAUAGUUAGCGCUGACAAAUUUGCUGGAAGCAAUUGCCUUACAUAUCCUGUUACAAAAAUGUGAGCAAUGCGUAAAAGUUUGAAGAAUGUAUGGCGAAGAGUAAAGUAAUGAUAUAAAUGAAGAUUUGAGAACUCAAAUAGAAGCGAUACACAACUAAAUUUCAACCCGCCACAAUGACUUCAAAGCAAGUGUUUUAUUCAAUCGACGUUUGGUGGAAAUGCUCGAGCAUACAUAAAACUCUAAACACAGCAAAAUGUUGCAUCAACUGAUUUUGCAACAGAUGAGAAUAAUUAUAAUAAAUGUUCAGUUAAUCUAAUGAUGCUGGGUAGAUACAUAUUUAUGACACAAUCAAGAAAAUCAACUGUGUUUGAAAAACCCACCGCUUGAGGGCAGCAAAUACAUUUUCAAACAGUGUGACAGCAUGAAACAUUUCACCGUGUAGCCAAUACACAAACUCCAUGCUGUAUAUUGCAUCCCGGUUCAGGAAUGCCAAAUGUUUCUAUCGUUCAGAUAUAGGGUAGUUGUACCAAUUAUGGAGGAAAUAUGUCACUAACUUACAGAAACUUGCGAAUAAAUACUCUAUUUUAUUUCAAAAGUAUACGAAAGUAUGAAUUUUCUAGCAGUUUGUACUCUGUUUUUGAAAAUUCUCACCUUAAUUUCACCUCUCUAAGGGGGGUCUCCCAACGAUCCUUACAACCAAAGACAACAAGACCUGAAAAUUUACUUACAGUUAUUUUCUCAGGGUUAGUAAUCAUCAUAAUAAUUGUCAUACGAACCCAAAGAAUGCUUUUGGUCCUCAAGUCCUGACCUUUCACCAGAGAAACAAGAUUGUUACGCCGAUUGAAUCGGUUCAGGGCCUCAUUUCGGAUGACUUCAAACUACCACAGCCAGUAGACACUUCGAAUUGUUUCAUAAUUUUUUAUUGUAUCUGUCUGUUCACUGCUUGUAUGUCACAUAUGCUGCUGCUGUUGCAUUUAAUAUCCUCAUAUAGAACUGCGGACAAACUGCUACUACUUUUCGUGUGUGGGGGUGUGAAUUCUUCCUUGGUUUCCGUUAUUCAAACUGUGUCAAUAUCAUACAUCAGAGCUAAGAAUAUUUUAUGUAAAUAAACAAUCGCUUUCCUCGCCAAAAACAUAUUAAAUAUCACGCUAGUAUCAGAACUGUUUUCUACUCAUCGACUGCUUGUGGGACUGCCUUCCAAUUUAACAGCGAUCUCCUGUCCGUACAUCUGAGUAGAAGCCUUCACAUGAGUGUCGUAACACUUUUGAUCAAGUCAAAGAAAGGAUAACAAUAAUCAAGAAUGCUGCUCGCAUAGUUCCAAUGGAUGGGAAAAAAAUCUACAACUUAUUUCGAGAAUUCUCUUUGCUCGAUUUGUUCCGGUCACAGUUUAUACCCGAAUAUCCGUCCUCCUGACAAUUUUUUGUUGUUGUUGGUACGCCUUAAAUCUCAGCCCUUAUUUUCGUAUGAGCACCAAUUUCGAAACUGAGGCAUUCAACAAGGUAGUGAUAAAAAAGAAGGCUGCUAUAUGAGAUAACGGUUUCUCCUCCUCCAUUCAAUCAAUCGUCUUGUGUUGCUUUAUAAAUACCAUCGUGUGUUUAUACACAAAUAGUUAAAUUGUUGGUUGUUUUGAUUCUGCUUAUAGGUUCAGACAUUUUUUACAAUCUUGCUUAAAGUUCUCUUAAAGGUCUAGUAACAAUUAAAUAUUUCUUUCAAAAGGGCAAAUAUUUACUUCCACUCGACGCGUAUAAUCCUAGGUCCGAAAGCCGACUACACGGCGCGUUCCGAAACCAUCCAGAAUAAUUGCUGUGGGAACCUUAUCCUGCUAGUAAUGCUCGAUUUAUUAUCUUCUCAUAUCGCUAAUAAUUACAGGGAACAGAAAUUAUAACGCUUCAUGUAUUCGCCGACUGACUAAUCUUCUUCUUCUUCUUCUUCUUCUUUUAUCUAAUCACUAAUUUGGACAACGCAAAUUUGUGCUCUCGCUAGACAGAUAGAUACUCAUUAAAAGAACAAAUUGAAAAAAAACAGAUCUCGAACCUUCCUCUCUUCCACUCGUCGCAUCCAAAACUAAUAUAUCAUUCACUGUCUCCGCAAACCAUUCCUACCAAAUUCGAUAUAAAUACAAAAAUUAUACAUAUAACAACUGAUUCACUUGACUUAUAAUAAAAAAAACAAAACCUAUCAUUAAAAUAAGGGUUCUGGCAGAUUGAAGGGCCUACUCUCGUUUUUUUUCUACUCCUGUUUCGCCAAAGUCAAAAUUAAUCGAACGCGCUCCACGCUCGUUCUGUAGAAUUAGUAAGCCGCCACUGGCGGCAGGAUCCCACAGGGAAACACACACACAUCACUUAGUUUCGCGCUUAGUGUUCACAUAUUUUUUUAGCUGAUCCUAAUACGAACUUUGCCAACAACUUUUCUUGCGAUUCGUUUUAAAAGCUAUCGUCGUCUUGUCAUACGACAGACUCGGACGGAUCUCCGUCUUCGGACCAGCUAACUUCCAUGGGCGUUUCGUUGCCCUUGCCGGAAAGGCCCCCAUUCAGACUAGCGACUAUCUUUUGCAUCAGUGCAUCUCCCAGGGAGAUAUUCGACGAACGUCGGCGUCCAUCGUCCAUCGUGGAGCAGUGCGACUGCAGCUCACCGUCUUCCUCCAGCACAACCAGAGCCUCUCGACCGUCGGCACCACUCCGAGACGAGUGGGACGAUGAAGAUCCACUGGUGGUGCUGGUUGAGCUGCUGGCGCCACUGCUGCUGCUCCUUCCGGAGGACAAAUCAUCCGACAGGCAGGACGAGGACGAUGCCUCGUCAUCCGAGUUCGAUCCGGACACCAGCGCUUCACCGGCCGCUUCCUUUGGUAUUGAGCUGUUCUUCCCGGCAAGAUUCUUGUGUGCAAAUUCACGCCGCUUUUUGAGCGCUGGCACGUCAUUCCCUGCCCCGGUCAGUGCUUUUGUAUCACAUGUUAUUAGUCCUCUGUUCUCUUUACUCUUUUUAAAAUUUGGGGUUUUAUCCCUAUGAAAAAAUUCAACCGCCGAUCGUUCGGACGCUUGGUCCGACGGACCAGCACUAAACGAACCGGCUCGACUUCGGCUGUACGGACUGUCUCCGCCCAUAUCACUGAUGGAUUCGGUUUCCUCUAGAAAAAAAUCCUUCGUUUCUCGCUGGCUGGCGAAUGUUUUAUUCCCGCCGCCACCACUUUCCAUGCGCUCGUUCAGAAACCUUCUGUGAGCAUACGGAGAGCUGCUGUAAAGCGGAGGUUCCUUCCACGAAAGUGGCAUUUCUGCCAUUCGGAUUGGUUUGGAUACCGCCGAUGAUGAUGCUCCCGAAUUGGAGCGUGCAAUCUUCUUUGGUGGGUCGGUUGACUUCACGUUAACCGAGUUGGACCUCAAGCGCGGAGUGCCAGGCGAGGCGGUCUUCGCUGAAGAGGUAUCGUGCUGUUUUUGGAUCGAGCUGGCAGAGCUUGACUGCUGAAUGCCGCUGGUGCCGUUGAAUGAAUUACUAUGGACACUCCCCUUGUGACGCUUCAUGUCCUGGUUUGCACCGGAGAAGCUUGAGCGAAAAGAACCGGCCCGGCGCACCAUGCGCGAGGCAGUGAUCUCCGGUGGUUCGUCGUCCAUCUCCAGCACCCACGACACAGAAUCGCUCUUCUCAACCACUCCCUUGAUAACCGGAGAAGUCGGUGGCGAGAGGUCAUCCAUAUCGAACACUCGCUCCGAACAGCUCGACCGGCUAUGGUUGAGCGUGUUGUUGUGGUGAUAGGCUGUAUUCACGGUCUGCUCCAAACUGGUACGGGUCGUGUUAAGGAUGCUCGAAUUCUCGUGGUAGCUCUUCGAUAACUCGGCAUAGACGUGGGAGAAUUUCUCCGAGUUCUGCUUCAACUUCCACUGCAGUUCCUCGUUGUGCUGCGAAAGCCGGCUCUUCACCUUGGUCUCCUGCUUGAGGUUAUCCUGUAGCAGUUUCAUCUUGUGUUGUAGCUCUCUGUAAAAGGAAGAAUAAUGGGAUUAGCGAAACUCGUCGAUGAACGAUUGCUCUAGGAAUAAUGAUAAUGAUGGUCACGGCACCUUCCCCUACAGUGGUUUGAGCAAGACGAGUUAUCUGGAAGAUAUUUUUUUCUUUUAAAUCAGUUCACCGUAAGUUUUUGCUUUGAAAUCAGUUUAACAAAAAAACGAACUGAUUUUACUAACAGAUAAAAUUUUUAAAAAAUAGGAUUGGGUUAUAUCUGUGAUAUUAUAACCGCAAGGUGGACGUAGGACUACCAUUGGCUUAGCAAACAAAAAGUAACAAGCAUCGUUUUGUUCGAUAUAUCACAUAACAUUAUUCUAAUUCACAUAAUGCAUAUAAU